AUGAGCAACGCUUUUGGAGAAAAAAAGGUUUGUUGGUCAAGAAGUGAAAUUUCAGCUUGUCAAUGCAAGCAAAAGUCGUACAGACAUGUCCAUUGUCCUUGCGCGAGAUGCAAUGGAAGGGCAACUGACAGAAGUAUUGAACUUCGACACUGGAAAGAAACGUGUCAUUUGGCAGCCUCAACGUCAACUAACAUUCAUGUUUACAGCAACUUGGAUGACAUGGACAUGGACAUCGGCGAAUAUGAUUUUGAUGGGGGUGCUGGUGACAUUUCUGGUGAUGACAAUUCUUUGGGAGAUGGUCAUGGUGAUAACAGUGACCAAUUGUUAACAAAGGAAAAUAAUGAUGGGAGAAAUGCUCAACAAUCAUCAAGCAAAUCGAUUGAUCAUGACAUGCCAGACUUGUCAACAAGUGGUGGAUGUGACAAUCCAAACAUUGAUCAGAAUCCCUUAAAAACGAUGGUUGUUAAGGCAGUUCUAGAUGCCCCCAGAAUAAAGCACCAUAGUGGAGUAUCCGUAAAAACGUUUGAGGAUGUUUUGGAAUAUGGGAAAAAGCAGCUUUUCACAUCUCUACAUGAAGAUGUUGAUGUGGAAAUUUUAACUACUUUGUGGCCAAAGAGUUGGAAUGAUGUACAAUUGCUAUUAAAGGAAGAGGGAUUUGAAGAUGCUAAAAGAGUUUUAUAUUUGUUUCUGUCGUGA